AUCUAUUAAACCGAUGAUCCUAAUGAUAAUUACCUGCAAUGAGUGAUUUAAGUCCGGUAUUAAGUGGGGGACGCCCGAUAUAAAUCCACCCCGUAAAUCCUGACUCCAUCAUCGCAGGCGACGUCACUUUGCUCCUCCACUUUUUAGUCCCACCUAUUCCCUAACCCAUCCAAGAACUUCCUUUCUGAUAUUCCGCACGGAAUACCUCCACUCCCCCAGACUCUCCCCGCUGGAUAGCGGAUAGGUACAGAGAAUCAAUCCAGGCAAGCCCUUGAAGGGCCAUGCUAUCCGAAACCCGAAUCCACCAUGCCGCUCGAUAGCAAUGGCGUCAACAAACUCGACUACCCGACCGACUCGCACACUCCCCUCCUCCACCCCAACGGCCACUCACACGGACACAGCAGCACUGGCGAUAGCCAGACCCCUAGCCUUUCCGGUGAUUUCUUCGAGCAGGUCGCCGAAGGCAUCCAGGAACGCGACCGCGCGGUGUUCAACCGCGAGAUGAUGCGGUACGUGAGCUUCGUCUGGGCGGUGCUCAACUGCCUAGGCGCCGGCUCCAUCACCAGCUACUCGCUGUACGGCCACCUGUUCCAGGAACGCCUGCGCUACUCCCAGCUGCAGGUGAACCUAGUCUCUAUCACCGCCGAGAUCGCCAUGUACCUUCCCGUCUCCGCGUUCGGCUAUCUCUGCGAUCGCUACGGUCCGCGUGUGCCGUCGGCGCUCUCGGGGAUCUUCUUCGGCGGAGGAUAUCUGUUGGCUGCGUUCGCCUACCGGAGUGGACCGCCAGCGGAGAGAGGGGGCGAGGGAUGGCCGUUCUGGACGAUGGUGGUGUCGUUCGUCGGGGUUGGGCUGGGGACCAGCUGCAUGUAUCUCUCGGCCGUGACGACAUGCGCGAAGAACUUCGGUCGGGGGAAACAUAAGGGCAUCGCGUUGGCCGUGCCCAUCGCCGCGUUCGGAUUGAGUGGCAUGUGCCAGAGCCAAGUCGGGAGCCGAUUGCUGUAUGAACGAACGCCCGACGGAGGCCGUGGAGACGUGGAUGUAUUCCGCUUCUUCAUCUUCCUCGCCGCCGUGCUCUGCGGGCUGGGGAUUGUCGGAUCGUUCAUAUUGACCGUGGUGGACGAGGAGGAGAUGAUCGACGAAGCCAUCGAAGAAUUAGAGCGGAGCGGCCUUCUCGAUGAGCAUCAGUUCUUCCGGCAGGCGGCCGACCAGCACGGAUACGGCUCCAUCCCGCGGUAUGAUCUGUCGGAGUCGCAGGAGAACAUGAUCAGCGACACGGCAGACGUGAUGCAGACGCGGGCGGAAGAGGAGCGACGGCGCAAGAAUUGGCUGCUGAACGAAGAGACGCGGAUGUUCCUCGCUGACAAGACGAUGUGGUGGUUUGCGUCGGGAUUCUUUCUGAUCACCGGCCCCGGCGAGGCCUUCAUCAACAAUUUGGGCACCGUCAUUCGGUCCUUAUAUCCUCCAUCGGUCCCCACGACAAAUCUCCCCACGUCCGCCGCGACGCACGUCUCCAUCGUGGCCAUCACGUCGACCAUCGCCCGUCUCCUGACGGGUACGCUGACCGAUCUCCUCGCCCCACCAACCUCCCACCACCAGCAUCGCCAGCGUCCGACCUCCAUGAUCUCCUCCAUCCACUCCCUACCCUCCCAAUCGAACGGUCUCAGCGUCUCACGAAUGGCCUUCCUCAUCCUCUUCGCCCUCCUCCUCUCCGCCGGCCAGCUACUCCUCGCCUCAGGCCUGGCUCAGGGUCGUGCCGGCGUGUUCGCCGCCGUCUCCUCCCUCGUCGGCGCGGGCUACGGCGCCGUGUUCUCCCUCGUCCCCAUCGUCACGUCCGUGGUGUGGGGCGUGGAGAACUUCGGCACCAACUGGGGGAUCAUCGCCAUGGUACCCGCGGGUGGCGCGGCGUUGUGGGGGUUGGUGUACUCGGCGGUGUAUCAGGCGGCGGCGUCGAACGGGGCAGCGCAAGGGGGAGUGGAGGCGCAGGAUGAUGUCAUGUGCUAUGGAGCGCGGUGCUACGCGCCGACGUUUUGGGCGAUGGCGGUGAGUGUGUGGUUGGCCUGUGGCCUGUGGGCGUGGGCGUGGAAAGGACCUGGAGGAUGGAAUAAACGGGGGAUCGCGGUGUAGGCGAUCGAUUAUCAGCAUAGAGCCGGUUGCAUGCAAUAGCGUAGGCGUUUUGAUAUUGCUUGGAAGCGGGUCAUGGCAUAGGUCCGACUAAAUUUGUACACAAUCAACCGACGCCGCCACGCAUUGAAUAGAUCUCGUAUAGCAUUUUACAAUAUCGUAUACGCUAUCCACAAUGC